ACUAUCACACCAUUUCUUCUGUUCGGUUUGCAAAUUCGGUCUCAGAGUUAGACCCUGUUACACUGUAAAAAGCUUUAAUGAGCACGACACGCACUCUAAAGCAAAUAUCAACGUUAUUAUUAUGUACUUCACAGGCUUCCGUAGAGCUACAUUUAGCCAGAGUAGGGCUGCGGUUGAGUUGUGUGUUUUGAGGAACACCGGUGAGGAAGUGUGUGUGUGUGUAUAUAUCUAGGCUAUAUGUGUGUGUGUGUGUAUGUGUGCGUGAACCAUGGAGCAGAUUAAUAAUAUUCAGGUGGUUCCGUGCACCAGCUCGAAUUAUCUGAAAGCGUUCACGGUGCAUUAUAGCCAGAAUGGAACAAAGAAGUCGUGGGAUUUUAUGCAAACUCAUGACAGUGUCUCUGUGCUGAUCUUCAAUACCACCUCUCAUUGCUUCAUCCUGGUCAAGCAGUUCCGCCCAGCUGUGUACAUGUGUGAGUGGGAGAGAAUGAAACCUGCACACGCUGACCCAGAAGGAGAGCAGGGAGAUGAGGGCUGUGCCACGGCUGCCCCAGAGGAGGAGCAGGAGGGAAGCGAGGAGGCCAGCCGCCCUCACCAGCCCCCCGCUUCAGCAGGGGUGACGUAUGAGCUGUGUGCUGGCAUCGUAGACAAGCCGCAUCUCUCCCUGGAGGAGAUCGCCUGCCAGGAAGUGCUGGAGGAGUGUGGUUAUGAAAUUCCUGUCUCCAAGCUAAGGAGGAUCACAUCAUAUAGGUCAGGAGUAGGAGUUACAGGAGCCAAGCAGACCAUGUUCUAUGCAGAGGUGUCAGACGAGAACCGCGUUGGUGAGGGUGGUGGACAACCUCAAGAAGGCGAGCUGAUCGAAGUGGUCAAAGUGCCCUUGCACGAGGCCAUGACUUUCGCCUAUGACGAGAGCAUCCCCAAAACCAUGGGUGUCAUUUUCAGCUUCAUGUGGUUUCAUAGCAACAUGGCACCUAAGUAUAAAAUCUCCACUAAUGUGUAAUGGAUGACAGCUACUUUUUCUUCCAACCUUGAAGCACCCUGUAUGUAACUUUCUAUUACUUUGUGUUCCUAUUGAAUUGAAUACUGUGUUCUUAUUUGCUUUCCUCUUUUCUUACUCUAAUUAUUGUCUAUUUCAGACUUUGCCUCAAACAAAUGUUAGCCAUAAUUCCUCCUUUGUAGUAGAUGAGUCCCAGAAUAAUAGUAAUUGUGAGUUUGUUUCAUGAAAUGGUAUACUUUGCUUUUAAUGAGUCAGUUAUUAUUAUUAUUUUUUAAAUCUGAUUGCUCUUUAGAAAUCUUAUCAUGGCUGGUAAUACUAUACAUGUUAGAAGAGGAAGUUGUUCAUAUCAUCUAAGGAGGUUUGGGGAAGUUUGAUGAGCAAAUCCAGAUUUGCAGUUUUGUCAGAAAAGACAGGUAUUUGUUACAUGAUUAAUGUGCUACAUAGCAUAGCUAAUGGGCAGUUUCCAACCUUGUAUCUUAAUUGUGCAAAGAAUAGCCAAGCAUUUGCAGACAUCUCAGGUCUAACACAAACUACAAAGCAUUCAGGGUUAGAGGCAAAGCUCUUUCAUCGAUACUUAACAUCAAGCCCGCAAGUCCUCAUUUAAAAUCGAAAAAGAAAUAGGGUUUCUUCAUUUGGGGUCUGCUGCUGUUAAUACAUGCACAAAAACAGUGUACAUGAUUCAAACAAUCCCAUGUUUAUCAUUUUUUUCACUGAUUUUGACAUGCCAUGAAGGCUUACUGCUAGUCCUGAAUAGCUUUUUAGAAACCAUUUGGUUUCAACAAUCACUAAUGGAGGUCCGUUAUAAUUGUAAUAAAACAAAUUUUAUAGUAGAGCAAGUAAUUUGGAGUGAUUAUCACUUGCACAGAGAUUUCAUCUCUGUGUUUUUUUCUAGAAUUAGAAAGCUACUCUGGUAUAAUUCUUAUAUAUUUAAUAUCUAAUACUAGAGUAAUCAUGGUUUAUAAUGAGCACAGUAUACAAUUUACAAUGACAUCAUAAAUGUCUCUUCAAUCAUGGCAACUAUCAUUGUGUCUGUCUUGACCAAUUAAUACUUGAAGACCAUACAUAGGGUUUAUUUUUCACAUGCUGUAUCUGAGGUUUCUCUUUCCAUCUGACCUUGUUAGGUAUUUUAAUGUUUAUAUUGCUAUUGCCUCACCUGUGAUGAUGAUACUUAUUACUACGCUAUGCCUGUUUAGUUCAUUUUCUGGGACGAAAAAAGGUCAUAAGCCAUUUGACACUGCAAUCAUCUAUUUGACUGUUUUCAGCUAUUUUAGAUUUUCAAAUAGAAAAAAUAACUGUUAAAAUGACUACUUCAACUACUGGAUGGGUGUGAAUUAUUUUCAUUGUAUCUAAACAAUCAGUGUUUUGUUGUUUAUGUGGCAACAAAUACAAGUAAGCCAUUUGAACAUGUGAAGUAUGAAUCUAAUUAAGAAGUACAUUCCUUUAUUUAAAGAUAUGCUAUGUAAGAUUUUGUUAAGGUUCUUUGUUAAGGUUUUUGUAUAUUUCAAAAAUACAUUUUUAUCAGUAAAUUUGCUUAUUGAUGGAAUUUGUCUUUGCAAUAAAAACAACAUAAAUGUACAAAAUAAAAACAUAUAAUUAGAUAAUGUAAGAAUGCAUAGUAUACCUUUAAUGAAGCUUCUGAAUGGUACUAUUUAUGACUAUUAACAUUCAUUGUUUUAGCAUUAUUACCUAAAUAUUAUAUGCUAAAGAAACACUGAAUGCAUGUUGACGAAAAGCUCAAGUUGUGUUCUAGAAAGCAUAGUGAUGUCUUCGUAAGCCUCUGCCCCUAUCCUGUUUUUAUGUGAUUGUUGAUUGUUUCCUACAUGCUUUUACUUGAGAAUAAAAAUCAAAUGCUACUGAUACUGUACAGUAGUGGUUCUUUCUACUUGAUUUUAAUGUUAAUGAUAUAGAGAAAAGGUGUUUACAUAAAAAUUGUAUUUGAUUCUUUGUGUAUUGGAUUUUUUUUUUCCAUUAAAUGUGUUCUAUGCAUUUGAAUUAUAUAUUGAAUUGUGAUGUCUUGCAUGUGCUCCAUGUGUAUUUUAAUCUGGAUUGAGUGUACAUAAAUAAAGCUGAAUAAGUCUACAUACUGA